AUGACUUCUGAUGAGUUUGAUGUUGUGAUUGAAGCAUUGCUGGAGGCACCAUACAAGAAAGAGGACAAAAAGUUCAAGACCAAAGGUUACAACAAGGAGAACAACAGGAGUGUGACUCGGGAGGCCAGUGAGAGCAGGAGUCCAAGUCAUGAAGACAGCAGCAGCACUGGUCACGAGAGGAAACAGGCAAAAGUCCACCACCGGCACCGGAGGAGAAGCCACGAUCGAAGGAGACGGCACGCGCGGGGGAAGGCAAGGCACAGCCGGAGGGGGCACCACAGCCGGAGCAGGGGUCAUCGUCACUCUCACCGUGGCAGCCACAGGCAUCGCCGAUCCCAUAGUAGGAGCCGGAGCCCAUUCUUCAGGGAUAGAAGUUUCAGCAGGGAUCGCUCUUGGAAUCGGAGCCCUGAAGAGAGGGACGCCUGUACGGUCUUGUGUCUGCAGUUCUCCGCACGCAUCCGCCCCAGGGACCUUGCUGAAUUCUUCUCAACUGUGGGGAAGGUUCGCGAUGUGAAGAUCAUAUCAGACAGGAGUUCGCGGAGGUCAAAAGGCAUCGCUUAUGUUGAAUUUUACGAGAUCGAAUCUGUCGCUCUGGCAAUCGGUCUCUCAGGACAGAGACUGUUGGGAGUUCCCAUCAUUGUCCAGGCCUCUCAGGCAGAGAAGAAUCGGCCAAACACGGUGGUCAGCAACCAACAGAAAGGGCUGGAGGGACCCAUGAGGCUCUACGUGGGGUCACUCCACUCCAACAUCACCGAGGAAAUGCUCAUGGGAAUCUUUCAACCCUUCGGGAAGAUUGACAGUCUACACGUGAUCAAGGAUCCGGACACGGGGAUAUCCAGAGGGUAUGGAUUCGUUGCGUUCUCCGACUCGGACAGUGCCCGGAGGGCGUUGGAACAGCUCCACGGCUUUGAACUAGCGGGACGUCCUCUGAAAGUUGGGCCGGUGUCGGAUCGAUCGGAACAGGACGGACAGAUCUCCGUCAUGGACAAUGAGGAGGCAGAUCGAUCUGGAAUUAGUCUGGGCCCCACCGGCCGUCUCCAGCUCAUGGCGCGGUUGGCGGAAGGAUCGGGGAUCGAGAUUCCGGCUGUGACUCAGGCUGCCCUGCAGCUCCACUCCGUCUUCCCUUUCGGGGUUCUGAUGCCUCCAAUCACAGGGACUCUACCAAAGGCCCAGAUCCCAUCAACAGCCCCUCUCCCGGAUCCCAUUCCAUCACUUCAGACCCCCAAGACCCCCAGAGACAUCGACCCCAGCAUGAGCCAAAAGUUAACGGAUGCUGUGACUGCAGAGAAAUCCUAG